GCCGACAGUCCUCCUCCUCCUCCUCCCUCCUUACAUCUCCCUCGCAAUGGCACGCACUGCCUUAACACCUGUACCUAUGGGCGGCAUCAAGUCGUACUACCAAGCGAAGAUUGAGGCAGCAGAGCUCGAUAUUAACCAGAAGACUCAGAACCUGCGACGUCUAGAGGCACAGCGAAAUGCGCUGAACGCGAGAGUACGACUUCUGCGAGAGGAGCUACAGUUGUUACACGAACCUGGUAGCUAUGUGGGCGAGGUAGUGAAGGUAAUGGGCAAGAACAAGGUUCUUGUGAAGGUGCAGCCUGAGGGGAAAUACAUCGUCGACUUCGACGCGGACAUCGACGUCGCCUCUCUGAAGCCCACGCUCCGAGUCGCGCUCCGCUCAGACUCGUACACAAUACACAAGAUUCUUCCCAACAAGGUGGACCCGCUCGUCUCUCUCAUGAUGGUCGAGAAGGUCCCCGACAGCACAUACGAGAUGGUCGGCGGCCUCGACAAGCAGAUUAAGGAGAUCAAGGAGGUCAUCGAACUACCUGUCAAGCACCCAGAGCUCUUCGAGUCUCUCGGUAUUGCCCAACCGAAGGGUGUCCUCCUGUACGGCCCUCCCGGUACAGGAAAGACGCUGCUCGCGCGAGCGGUUGCGCACCACACAGACUGCAGGUUCAUCCGAGUCUCGGGCUCGGAGCUUGUGCAGAAGUACAUUGGCGAGGGUAGUCGGAUGGUGCGGGAGCUGUUCGUCAUGGCUCGGGAGCACGCGCCGAGUAUCAUCUUCAUGGACGAGAUCGACUCCAUUGGUAGCUCGCGAGGCGAGAGCGGGUCUGGAGGCGGUGAUUCUGAGGUGCAGCGGACGAUGUUAGAGCUGCUGAACCAGCUCGAUGGGUUUGAGGCGACGAAGAACAUCAAGGUUAUUAUGGCUACUAACCGGAUAGAUAUCCUGGACGCGGCCUUGCUCCGGCCGGGCCGUAUCGACCGGAAGAUCGAGUUCCCUCCACCGGGUCCGGAAGCUAGGGUGGCUAUCUUGCGUAUUCACUCGCGCAAGAUGUCUCUCCAACGAGGGAUUAACCUGCGUGCGUUGGCUGAGAAGAUGGGACAAUGUUCAGGUGCUGAGGUCCGAGGUAUCUGUACCGAAGCUGGAAUGUAUGCCCUACGGGAACGGAGGCAACAUGUCACACAGGAAGACUUCGAAUUUGCUGUGGCGAAGGUGUUGAAGAAGAACCAGGAGGGCAACACCUCCGUCAGCAAGCUCUUCUCGUAGUUUGUAGUUCACACACUUGUAUUUGAUGCUUUCUAUCGCAUGGACACCUUCAUGACCUCGUGCGUAUCCCGGUGUACAUGAGACAGAACGCAUCAGACUACUCAGCGGAUGAGUCCCGAUGUUAUGUUUCCCGCUAUUAGUAUCGUUCCUCGCUGGUCUGUAACUGCAUGCAUUCGCACCGUCGUGGAUGAGGCACGAAGGUGAUGGACUCCU